CAGACGUGUUGGCUAAAUUUGUUGCUAACGUUAGCUAAGCCCGGAAUGUUGUUCUACGUUCAGCUAGCUAACGACGUUAACGUUAGUUGGUAAUUAAUUGUAGGUCGGUGUUAGACAGUCUCGUAGCAGACAGCAACCCAGCCAGUGAAUGUCAUUAUCAGUACUGUCUGCAUACCAGUGCCAUGACCGUGGCGAGCCAGAGGAGGGGAAGUACAGUUUGAAGACGAGGGGGAGAGAGAGAAAGGGAGUUUGGAGAGGAAAGGAAUGAAUGGAGCUGUGCGCGUUGUCCUUGCUAGCUACGAAGGGGACACUGUGCGAGAUGGAGAAAAAAACAGGGAAGCAGACAGAGACUUAGACGCAACAAUCUGAACAGAAACACUGCAGUCUCCACCAUGUACCUUUCUGAACACCAGAAGAUCUGGAACAUUUGAAAAGAUACUAACAAAACCCACAUAGACUACUCAACAGGGGACUAAUAGAUCCAAGUGAAGGGGGUAGUGGAAAGACUCAUCCGUAGCUCUAACUCUGACAUGGCCAGUACUCAGACGAGUCUGAAAACCCCAUUCGAAGACCUGACCUCGUUCAAGGGCAACAUGAAGCAGCUGUACCGUGAGAGAAUAGAAGACGUGCCCAUUAAGAAGAGGCUGAUGGCUGAGAUGAACCUGAAGCGCCGAAGCCUGGACCCUCUGCCCCCCCUGCCCUGGACCCCCAAGGUAAAGAGGGAGGCUGAGGAAGAGCAGGACCGGGAGGUGGAUCCAGGCAUGACUAGAUCAAUAGAGAUGGACAGUAGGGGGGAGUUCCAGGUAUGUGGAGCGAAAGCUUUAGACCUGAGCCCUGGGCUGAAACACACGCUGGCAGCCUUCACUCUCAGCAGCGCGCGCUCUCUGGGGGGCCCAGCAGCCUUCUCAGCCCGCUCUGGCCACGAAGCAUCCUCCUCCCCCGGCCCUGGUUCCUACCCUGGCAUGGCACCUCUACCCUCCCCUCCUGUGCUGGGCGGUAUACCCCUGCUGGUGCCCAGUGACAGCUCCACGGAACUCAGCCACUCCCUUCUCGAAGGAGAAUCCAUCUCGUGCUUCGCCGUCGGCGGGGAGAAGCGCCUCUGCCUCCCCCAGGUGCUCAACUCGGUUCUCCGCCACUUCUCCUUGCAGCAGAUCAAUUCGGUGUGCGACGAGCUCUAUGUGUACUGCUCGCGCUGCGACGGGGAACAGCUCCACAUACUCAAGGUGCUGGGUAUUUUACCCUUCAAUGCUCCGUCCUGCGGCCUCAUCACCUUAACUGACGCCCAACGCCUCUGCAACGCCCUCCUCCGCCCGGGGGCUGUACUCCCCUCCGAACCCGUCACCAAGCUACCCGGCCAGGAGCUCCUCAAGGAGACGGAGGCCAGCUUCCAGGUGGAGCACCAGUGUCUGGGGAAAUGCCAGGGUCUGUUCGUUCCCCAAUUCUACGCCAAGCCCGAGUCGCCCUGUAUUCAGUGCGUGGAAUGCCAGCUGCUCUUCUCUCCACAGAAGUUUGUGAUGCACUCUCACAAGUCGCCGGACAAGAGGACCUGUCACUGGGGCUUUGACUCGGCCAAAUGGCCGUGCUACCUGCAGCUGGGGAGGAAGUACCUGGGAACGGCAGAGGAACCGCAGCUCAAACAGCUGUUGGAGGACAUGAAGGACAAGUUCCACUACAACCGAACCAGCGACAAAGUGGUAGAAGAGGAUGGCGAGGUGAGGAGAUCGUCUCCUCCAGAGCCUCUAGUGUCUCUUAACAGUAAACUAGCCGACAACGACGCAGCGGCCAAGGUUCAAGCCCAGGCUACUCUGGUGUUCCCCCACAUCAAGGAAGAGCCCAGUCACCCCAGUUACAACCUGUAUACAUAUGAUAAAAUGGUGGCUCCUAAUGUGUCUCUGAGGGAUCAGCCAGAGGUCAGCUCUGAGGUUCUGGGGGUGCUGCUCAAACACCACUACAGUAGGAGACUGGCCCACGGCCACCAAGACACUGCUAUGGGUCAGUACCACACACACACACAUCUCCAUGCCUCUCCCCCUGCUCCUCCCGUUGUCAAUGACGCCAAGUCUCAGCAGCGCGUUGUUCCUACUGCCGAUCGGGACCGCCAGCAGCCAGUUUCCAUGGAGACCAUCCCCGGCAACAAGAGUUCUUCUGCUGUAGCGAUGACCACGUCGGUAGCGGCGCUGGGGAGUAAAGAUGUCCUGUCUUCUGUCUGUGAGGACGACAAGGAAAGGAUCGUAGUGGAGAUCGUUCAGAUGUACAGCAGACAGCAGGAGAAGCUGCAUUCCACCCUGCACAACCAGCUGCAGCUAGAGAUGGAGUUGGAGGCGCUGCGUGGAGGCGAGGCUGUCAGGCUGCAGCAGCUGGCAGCAGAGCAGUGUGAGCUGCAGAGUGAGCUGGAGGCGGUGCACACUGAGCAUGCCCACAGGCUGGGGCAGGUGAGGGAGGAGCAGAGGGAGUUGGAGCACAGACUGGAACAGCUGAGGCAGCAGAGCUGUGUGUGUGACAACACACACCAGGAGGAACGCUAUGCUAACCAGCUUGCAGAGCUGCGUGGGAGGUUGGAUGGUGCGGAGGCUGACCGGGAUAAGCUCCAGGAAGAGUUGAGGAGUGAGCGGGAUGCCCGGGAGAAGCUGGAGAGAAUCAUCUCUCAGCUCCAACAGCAGAUGGGCCAGACGGCCUCCACCUCGGCCUCCUUCGUCACUACAGGGAGCCCCUCUCCGCCCCCCACCCCCUCCUCUCACACCCCCCACACAGAGGGACACACUGCAGGCCCUGCCGAGCAGCAGAACGGCCAUGCUCAUAAGUAGAGGAACUUAAGAAAUGCCCCUUCUGUCUCUCUCACCUCCGUUCUGUUCCUGCGACUCCCUCCCUUCAUCCCUCACCCCCCUGCUGGGAGAGACGGCAGCCCUUCAGACACAGACAACCCCCUCCCCUCACUCCCUCACCAUGUCUACCCCCUUCUCCCCCAGGCUGCUUCUCUCAUGUAGAUUAUGGCAGCCCCCCGCACCUCUCUGAUUCAGAGGGGUUGGGUUAAAUGCGGACACAUAUCAGUUGAAUGCAUUCAGUUUUACAACUGACUAGGUAUCUCUCCCUCCUCUUUAGUUUUUUGGAUAAGGAUUCCUGUUUGUUUAUUAAUUUAACACCAAAUUAGUUUAAUGUGUUGGUUUACCCCCGCCCCCUGUCCGUAAACAGUAUUUAAACUCUUUUGGGAUGUAUAUGUUUGUUUGUUUUAAUUUAUAGUUUUACUGAACGAACAAACGACUGCUUGGCAGACCGAUAGGAGUAGGGUGUUUUUAAGGACACUCUCCUCGCAUCCUCUCCUCCUUCCCUCGCAUCCUCUCCUCCUCCUUCCCUCCCUCCUUUAGAUUGUGGAUUUGAUGUGUUGUAGCCCACAGGAAGUGAGGUCAGACAGACAGUUCUCUCCUGGCUCUGCCCCUUGACUCUGUUCUGAACUGCGGUUACACUAGCGUUGUCGCUCUUUCUACUACUACCUGGCACGCCAACUGGAGCUGCUGGAGCUAAGAUGGCGCCCGCGUGGGUGUUCCCCAUCUCAUACAGACAGUCCAGUGCUCUGGCCCAGCUACCAGCCACACAGGACAUUUCAUGGAUACACAUUUUCGUUUCACCUUUUGUUUAAAAAAAAAAAAAAAAAUCCUUAUACCCAUUACUUUCAAAUAAGCGAAAAGUAAAAAUUAAAAAAAAAGUUCUAAAUGUGUAUAUCAUAAAGGUAUAUGAAAACAUUUUUACAGAGCAUUUGCAGUCGUCAUUGUUAAACCUCAUGAACAUGUGAAUAAAGUGAUGUAUAUGAGACAUGUAAAGUGAUGACACGGAGGGCUGCGGAGGAGAGGUUGGAGAACCACUGGGCUAGAACACACACCACAUUUCCUCUCAGAAAUCUGUAGUUUGUCCUGAUUUUUUUAGUUUUGAGUUUGAGUGUUUGAUUUCCCUGUUAGCAACAGUUGGUGUGUCCUGCCACCCUCUCUCCUCUGUGAGACAAUCUGCGUUCCAAAUAGUAGACUAUUCCCCGUAUAGUGCACUACUUUUGACAAAAGUAAUGCCAUAUUCCCUAUAUAGUAGUGCACUAUAUAGGGAGUAGGAUGUUGUUUGGGAUGCACUCUGAGAGCUGCAGGGGCUAGCUGUCUGCCUGGGGGAAUAUGGGUCACAGGUGAAAGGAAUUAGUCCAGACUGACACCUGAUCUGCCUGCCUAGGAUCCAGGGCCCUUCCUCUUUCCGCCCCACUUUAUUCCACCUCACUGAACAAACAGAGCCUUGCCUGGCCCAGGCAGGGAGGUACAGUCAGGCGAAGAGAGAGUGGCAGGGAAGAGAGGAGGGGGAGAGACCGUCAGUCAAGCGGAGAGAGCGGGAGUGCAGGGGGCAGACACCCUCUCAGGCUGGGUGGGCCGGGAGAGGGGAGCCCCUUUUGUCUCAUCAGAAUGUGGGCAGCUGCCAUACCUCCCACACACACACCAAAGCAAUGCCACAUCAGCUGGGGGUAGUGUGAUUUGUUGUGUAGAAGUCCAGGCGAACAGCACACCCAGCCCCAAUCAGCUAGCUCACACAGAGCGGAUUUAGCCGCCACAGGCGGACCCUAAGAGAGCAGGGAAGUCUUUUUAUAGCCCCAGACCCUAAGAGCCAGGCAGCAUGUAAAUAGUUAUUUAAAGAGGGCCUUGGUUUAAACUCCAACCAUCUUUUUUUAUGCAUCUGCUAUACAUGCAAAUUGGUAGACAUUCCACUGUGCUCGGACUUUUCAAUGCAGAUCUCUAAAGAAAGAGCUCCCUUUAGAAAUGUGUUUACACCAUGCCCUGACAUAGUACUUAUAGUAGGUCUUAUUUAGUUAUUAAGCCGCAACGUUUAAACAAAGCUUAAAAACCCGUUAUUUUCAUGAGGACAACCCCCCCCCCCCCACAAAACUACAAGGAAACGAACACCCUGGGUGUCUGAUGUGAACUUCAGUCACAUGCAGAACAAAUCCAAAACAUACUGCUCUACCGACCGUUGUUCCAUAUAAACUUUUGGAAAUGAUUUUGAGGGGAAAAAAAUAUAUUUAAUGUAUCAACUAAAGAUUUAUAUUCACUUUGUACAUACAUUAGUCAUUUAAUAUAUUAACUAUGCCAUGGGAUAAUAUUCUAAAGGUUAUUAUAAAAUUGACUGGACCAGGCAAGGCCGAAGCUCUAAACAUCCGUUAUGUUUCUGUUGCCUGAGUCUUUGAAAAUUUUUGAUUUGACUUGUCGUUUACUCUGCUAAAGGAACACUCCGCAAUAUAACGUCAUCGUACGCAGCAGGCAGACUUAUUGUUUACCGUUAUCAGCAAUAGCAGAAUUCAAGACUGAUUGGCUGUUAACAACUAUUUAUUUUUUACGGCAUGCCUACAUUGGGACUAACCGAUAGUGGCUGUUUUGGCAGAUUAGAAUUUAUUGUUGUCGCUCCGCUGUGUACACUGACAUUGUGGAGCGCAUUUUUUAAAAGGGUGUUCAAUUGCUGUUGGGAGUUGAAGUGCAUGGUGUUAGGAUACGACCGCAGAGUUGAAUAGGACAGGAAGUGCGUUGUUACAGUACUUCCCCAGACCUGAUUCCCUUUAUUUGUUUAUUUCGUGGAUGAUGAUUUCACCCUGAUAGACUUGAUGUGUAAUCAUAAUGUAUACGCUUUCUCUCUUAAUCCAUUUUUCGUACACUAAACAACACCCACAGACAAAUUUGAAUAUGCACCGAACAUUUGUUUAUAUAAAAAAAGAACUAAAUUGAAAACAAACAAAAACAAAGGUUUGCAUGUAACUAAGUAAAUGGAUCCCCUUAAUAUGGUUUGUUAGUUGAAUGAUAUCUGACUUGCUAUGUUUAUGGUAUAAAAACGAAGUGUUUGUCCUAAGUGACACUAUUCUCUAGUGCCCAUAGGGCUCUGGUAAAAAAAAAUGGUGCACUAUAUAGGGAAUAGCGUGUCAUUUGUGACAGACGAGUUUCUCCCUCCCCACCUAACACACAACUUGUUGACCAACUACCUAAUCAUACUAUACAAAUGUAGCCUCUAGAUUCUGCAAAGUGGAGCGAGAGAGAAGUGUGUUUGGUUCUGAGCGUAUGUCUGUGCGCAUGUGUAUUUGCCAGUGACCGAAGCACAGUAGCUAUGAAAAAGGGGAGAUACUUAUUAUCAUGUAGCGCUGUGGUUUGUGUCCUAAUUUUUUUGUCAACAACACUUUGUCGUCUUAGGGGUAUAGGGUCAUUGUGACUGCAUUGAUGUUUUACAUCACAAGAUAAUCAGUAUUAGGUUUUGUUAUUAUCGCCAUAGUUACCUCUAGAACAGUCUACAACAAUCGUUUUGGGGUAUCAAAUGUAUUUCUUGUACUUCUAUAUUUUCUGUUGGUGUAAAUUUAAUUUUAUACACAAGAGGGCGCUCUAUUUACUUUAGUUUAAUGCCAUGCUAAUGAUGUGAUGGAUACAAUGGACUAAAAUAAGUGAAGACAUACUAUGCUGUAACACGGUGUGCUGGGCCCUCUUGCAUUUGCAAUGUUAUGAGAACUAGAAGACUAUGGGCCCUGGUCAAAGGUUGUGCACUAUAAAGGGAAUAGGUUGCCAUUUGGGACUUUAACACAGACAUGUGCUUUGUACAGUUUUUUUUUUUUUAAUAGCUGUGUAUUUUGUCCAACUCUACUUACUACUAGACCCUUGGCCUUGCUUCAGGAGCACAGUUAAACAGUAACUAGCAUUUCCAUCGUUUUUUUUAUUUUUUUUUAUACAUCCAUCCCCAAUGGAUUGUUUGUUCCCAGACUUAAAUGGAUAGCGCAGCGAUUUUUCUUAUAAAAAAAUAGUAAAAUCACUGAACUAUCCCUUUAAUGAAGGUGACGUAGUGUAGAAGAGGUAGUACUCUGUAAACGAUAGCUACAAGUUGGAUUUGGGAUCCGCAGAAGAAAUGUUGGAUCAACUGUUUCCAUUUAUGCUUUGUAGUUGGAUAUUUUAUUUAGGAACACCGUUCUUAUUUAGCAGCGUGGGAGCUAGCUAGGAUGUUAAUCCAACACGAAAAUGGUUGUAUGUUUUGGUUUUCUCUGAGGUAUAAACACUACGUGUACGCCAUGUUUUCAGUUUAAACUUAGUAGGCUACACCUGACAAAUUGUAGUUUAAAAAUAAGAAACUAUUUUUAUGGCUGUUUAAAAACGAACUUUUCUUUUUCUUAAAAUGCUAUAUUCUGAAAGAUGUAUAGCAGUGAGUGUCUGUAUGACUUUUGCAAAACAUGUUGCCAACAACAA